AUGCAAUUCUUCCUCAUCACCUUCGCAAUUCUCGCGACUACCGUACUCCUCCAAUUCCACGUGGCAGCUCAGGAUGAUGACGUCAUCGUCGAAGAAACUGUUACUCAAGGUCCACGUUUGCCACGUCAACGUGAUAUGUUUGCAAAUUGGAGACGAAGAACAGCGGCUCCACCUUCAAAUUGCGAUCCAUUCCUUUUUUUUUGUCUGGGAAAAUGA